AUGCUCUCACGUGUUGCUGCUGUCAAGGCACCCAACGUACACAACCGUCGCCGCGUGACCGGAUCCAGCGGAAGGAGGAGGGAAGGAAGCGAGAGUGAGCGGCGGAGGCCCAGCAUGUCCCGGCAUUUCUUUCGCUCCGCGGUGCUGCUCCUCCUUGUCGUUAUGAUGUUCUGCGGCAGCGAAGCCGCAGCCGCUGUGGAGGGUAAUUCAGAGGGUACAAUCAUAUUUAAAGGAGAGGAAUCAUUUUCUGAUUCAGAGAACAAAUCUUUGGUACAGGCGUUUGAUUCUUUUCGUGCACCCUCUCUUGUUUACGUGAAUGGUGUUGUUGUGGCCACUGUUGAGGCGCAUUACACAAAUAGCACGGAUAGCAAAUCGUGUGUUAGUAUUGCUGCAAAGUCGAUGGAAAUCGAUGGACGGACGUGGACUAAGGGAAGUGCCAUCGUGUUUGAUCAUUAUGACGUGCGUAUUGACCGCCUGUUGCGCCCAACUGCCAUUGUGAAAGAGGGUGGUUAUGAAGUAAGUGCUCUUCUUGGGGGUUAUCACACGUCAGGGGCUCCAUUGAAGGAAGUGGGUGAUGGUUAUUGGACGCCCAGGAUGGCAAAGGGUACGGUUUCGGGUGAAGAAGACGGUAAGAUGGAGUUUAAUUGGAGCCGGUUUGCAAGCACUACGAAUCUUCAGGGCGUUUUAAAUGAUUACAACACCAAUAUCAAGCGCUUCAAACAGUUUCUGGGUGGUGGCGGGGCAGGCAUCAUGUUGGAGGACAAUUCCUAUGUGCUGCCCAUUCAGGCCUUGAAGGAUGAUGGAAAGGAAGUUUCUUUGGUCAUCCUUGCCAAAGGCACUCAUUAUGGUUGGGAGUUCUCAAAUGAUACGAGUCGUGAUGGAUGCAUCCAGCCUGCGGUUCUUGAAUGGGAGGACAGAGGGCUCGUCAUGAUGACGUCGUGUGAGGACGGCAGUCGCAGGGUUUACGAGUCCGAUGACAAGGUGGAGUGGACGGAGGCACUCGGGACACUCUCGC